UUUUUUCUUGUCUCAAUAACGUUGACUUUGCAGCAUAGCAAACCCUUGACAUUUUUCCUGCAAGCUUUGGACAUUUUCUGAUUUCUUUCAUAACAAUGGCAGAAGCUAUCCUCUUUGGCCUUGUAGAGCGGAUCAUUGGCAGAUUGGGUAAUUCAGCAGCUGUCCAAGAGAUUGGAUCAAUUUGGGGUGUUGAAGAUCAGCUUCUACAACUCAAAAACACCAUAUCAACGAUCCAAGAUGUACUUCUUGAUGCAGAGGAGAAGCAGGCUCAUAAUCAUCAAGUCAGAAACUGGCUCAAGAGGCUAGAAGAUGCAGUUUAUGAUGCUGACAACUUGCUGGAUUACAUCUCAACCAAAGCUUUACAGUGCAAAGUGAUGAAACCCGGCAACAAUACUGUGGCCAAGCAGGUAAGCACUUUCUUCUCAACCUCUAAUCAACUUGUAUUCCGGUGGAGGAUGGUUCACAGAAUAAACAAUAUGAACAAGAAACUAGAUUUGAUUGCAACUGAUAGAAUCCGUUUUGGUUUGGAGGAUCGCUGUGUAGAGAAUACAACAGUAACUAGAAUAAGAGAUCAGACUCAUUCUUUUGUACUUCAAGAAGAAAUUGUUGGGAGAGAUGAUGAUAAAAUGGUAAUCCUAGAAAAAUUGUUGAAUAGUCAUACCGAAGAGAAUGUAUCUGUCAUUCCCAUAGUUGGUAUUGGAGGAUUAGGAAAAACUACACUUGCUCAGCUAAUUUUUAAUGAUGAGAAGGUCCAGCAACAUUUUGAAUUAAGGAUGUGGGUUUGUGUAUCUAAUGUGUUUGAUGUGAAAAUAAUAGUUAGGAAGAUCAUUGAAUCUGCAUGUAAUAAGAGCAUAGCAAACACUGAGAUGGAUCAGUUGCAAAAGGAUCUCAGGAAAGAAAUAGAUGGGAAGCGAUAUCUCCUUGUUCUUGAUGAUGUAUGGAAUGAGAGCCGUCAAAAAUGGAUGAGCUUAAAAAAUCUGUUGACUAAUGGUAUGAAGGGAAGUAGAAUAAUAAUCACUACCAGGAGUAAAAAGGUUGCAAAGAUUACAGCAGACACAAUGCAACCAUAUGAUUUAGGGGUUUUAGAUGAGGAAAAGUCAUGGUCCUUAUUUAAAAAGUUGGCUUUCGAACAAGGACAAGAACGGAUGAAUUCUUGUAUUUUGGAAACUGGAAUGAAAAUUGUGAAAAAAUGUGGAGGAGUCCCUCUUGCCAUAAAGACCAUAGGAAGUAUGUUGUAUUUCAAAAAUCCACAAACAGAAUGGUGGUCCUUCAAUGAAAAAGAAUUAUCAAAAAUUUCUCAAGAAGAAGAAGAUAUUAUGCCAACACUUAAACUCAGUUAUGAUCAUCUCCCAUCACAUUUGAAACGUUGUUUUGCUUAUUGUAGCUUGUUUCCGAAAGGCUAUGAAAUUUACAUCCAAAACCUUAUAAUUCUUUGGACAGCACAAGGGUUUGUUAAGUCAACAAAUUCAAACGAAUGUUUGGAGGACACGGGCCUUGAGUAUUUUAUGGAUUUAUUUUGGAGGUCUUUCUUCCAAGAAGCUGAGAUAGAUGAGUUGGGCAGCAUAAGAAAGUGCAAAAUGCAUGAUCUCAUGCAUGAUCUUGCAAGUUCAGUAGCUGGUACAGUAUGCAGCAUUAUUGGUUCAGAUGAUGAAUUCAUUGACAAGGAAACCCUUCAUGUUUCUUUUGAUUUUCCUCCAGAGUUGCCACCGGAAAUUAUGACUUCAUUGGUUCAGCCAGAUAAGAUUCGAACAUUUCUGUCGUUUCGGUCAUAUUUUGACUCAAAUCCUCUCUUCUUUUCUCCUUCAAAUAAACCAAUCUGUGAUGCAACUAUUUUAAAUUUUAAAUUGUUGCGCACUUUGGAUUUGCAUGAUUCAGGAAUGGACAAAGUACCAGAUUCUAUUGGUAAGUUAAUACAUCUAAGAUAUCUUGAUCUUUCCAAAAACAAGCACAUCAAGACACUGCCGGAUUCUAUCACUAGGCUAUACAAUUUGCAGACUUUAAAACUGGCAAUGUGUUUGGGACUUCAAGAAUUGCCUAGAGAUACUGGGAAACUAGUCAACCUCAGGCAUCUUGUGAUUGCUGGCUGCAAACAAGUUACUUAUUUGCCAUGUGGGUUGAGUCAGCUAAGUAAUCUUCAAACCUUAUCAAAUUUUCCAUUGAGCAAGGACAAAGGUGCUGCACCAAAUGAACUAAUGAGCUUAAACAACUUGAGGGGUAGCAUUCUUUUUGAAAAUUUGGGAUAUGGGAAUGAUGCUACUGCUAAAUACAGUGCUGCAAAUCUGAAGGACAAACCACAUCUUCAAUCCUUGUUCUUGAAAUGGCUUUCAGGUGUUGCAUCUGAGUCAAAAGAAUCUGUUAAUUUUGAAAAGUCACUGGAAGGCCUCCAACCGCACCAAAAUCUUAAAGAAAUGAAUUUGUCUAAUUAUGGGGGUCUCAAGUUUCCCAUUUGGUUUGCUUCACUUACAAACUUGAACAUAUUUAGUUUGUGGAGAUGUACAAAAUGCCAGCAUCUACCGCCGUUGGUUCAUUUCCCUUCUCUGAAGGUAUUAUCAUUGGAAGACUUGCCUUCUUUGGAGUGUAUCUCAAACACUAGCAAUCGUGACUGGUCAUCAUCGACAAAAUUUUUGCAAUCCUUGCAAAAACUGAGACUAGUAGAGUUGCCUAAUCUUAAGGGAUGGUGGAAAGGUGUAGUUGAUGGGGCAGAGAAUCACAUUUUGCCUUCAUUUUCUUGUCUUUCAACAUUAACCAUAAGGAACUGCCCCAAGCUGACUUGCAUGCCUCUUUUCCCAUAUCUUGAAGAACGAUUAAAGCUUAAGAAUACUAGCUGGAAGGCAUUCAGACAAACACUGACAAACGUAGAUGAAAACCGGAUCCCAUCAACAGCAUCAUCAUCAAUUUCCUCGUUUUCUCCUCUCUCAAAAUUGAAGGCUCUGCAUAUUUCUGGCAUUGAUGAUUUGCAAUCUCUAUCAGAUUUGCACGGCUUCACUUCUCUCAAGUACCUAACAAUACAUUGUUGUCCUAAGUUAAGGACUUUGUCUAUAGAUAUUCAACAUCUUGUCUCACUUAAGAAGCUGCUAAUAUCUGAAUGCCCUGAAUUAGAGUAUCUGUCCUAUGAUGAUCAUGUUACCAUGAGGCAAGUUGUUGGUAAAAGCCUUCCUGAGGGGAUGCAAGCCAUUACUACCAGCCUGCAAACCCUCCGUAUUUGGUACUGUGAUAGUCUGAUGGCUAUUCCUGAGUGGAUUGGUAAGCUUGAAUCUCUUAAAGAACUAGAGAUUCAGGGAUGUCCUAAGCUGAGUUCACUCCCCGAAGGAAUACAUAACCAAACUUCUUUACGGAGAUUAGUGAUUGGUGAUUGGUGAUUGUCCCAUCUUAUGGGAAAGAUGUCAAAAGGAAACAGAUGAAGAUUGGCCUUGGAUUUCUUACAUUCCAAAUUUUUACUUAAUGACCGGUCCUGCAGGAGAUU